UCAUGCAUCUCUCCGAUCCUAAACUCAUGAUGGUAUCGUAUUUUGCGUACACUGGAAAACUGAUCUGCAAGUCGCUGAUGUUCUUCGGCAAGUUCAUGUUCUGGAUACAACUCGCGCUGGGGAGCUUGCUAGCUAUUGGAACUACGGCCGCAAGCUCUCACUUGACCCGACUGUUGGCCCCAUCGGAAACCGCAGUUGUAUUCGGCUUGAGCUCGUCCUUCGAGCGGGUCGUCCCUCUCUUCGUCGACAUAGGUUUCUCAGCGAUAUACGCGGAAACUAUCGCUACCUUCCCAGGCUUAGUAUUCAUUUUCGAGGCAUCGAUAUUCGUGCUCCCCGUGAUAUUUGCAGGAUUUUCCGCUUAUUGGCUGCGAUCGGAAGGGUUCCCCGAUUACGCAACACUCAGUGAGGGGGAAGAUCCUCAAUCCCCGCAGCGGCGGCGAAGAAAUCAAUCUCUGAGCGAAUGAAUGUAAAAGAACAACCCUCACGCCUUGCUCGGUUCUUCUCAUCACCUCAUGACUCUCCAUGUGCCGAGUCUUUCAAUGUCUCUCCAUGCUCAGUCGCUUUGAGAUCAGAGGUCAGCGACGGUGAGACAAUUUUGCGUGCGAGUCGUCAACCAGAGCUACAAGCGUAAAGCGCUGGCAGAGCAUAUCUAGGAAUUUCUGAUAUGUUCAUACAUAUAUCGAGAAAAUACAGUCGUAAC